AUGGUGCAAUCGCAGACGCUCGCAACGCUCCUUUGCUCGUUGGGAACCGGUGUCUACGUGUACAAGCACGUCUUUGACGCGAAACUGCCAACCUUCAAGCAAAAGGGACCGAUCAAGUUCAAAGCGCCGAUCGCUGUGCGCUUCAACCACUUUAUGGUGUGCCAUCUGACGGGCCGCCUCGGCUCGGGCUCGUUUGCGUCUGUUUAUGCUGCGACGUUUCCGUCCAUUGAAGACACAGAGCUCAUGGACCACGAAGUCGCCAUGAAGAAAGGCAUUGAGUUUUUACCAUGGGAGUUUUACGCGAUCCAGACAAUCCACAAUCGCACCAAACCGUCGCACUGGGCCCUCUUUCCCCGUCUGCACCCGUUUGUGAUUCAAGUCGACCAGCUGCACGUCUACCAGAACGCGACCUUCUUGUGCCUCGAGCGCAGCUACCGGGGCACACUGCACGACCUCGUCAACACGUACGCCAAGCAUGGCAAGGCGGUGCCAGAGAACAUUGCGGUGUUCUACACGCUUCAAAUGCUCCGGUCGAUCCACAUGGUGCAUUCCGCCCACUUUCUCCACGGCGACAUCAAGCCCGACAACUGGGUGCUCCUUCGCGGCAGCGGACUCGCGACAGGCGCGGCGGCGUUCGAGACGUCGGAGCUCAGCCUCAUCGACUUUGGCCGGUCCAUCGAUCUGCGCCUGUACCCAAAGGGCACGUGCUUCAAGGGCGACUGCCACGCCAAAGGCUUCCAGUGCGUCGAGAUGCUCACCAAACGGCCGUGGCGCCACCAAGUCGACGCGUUCGGCGUCGUGGCCACGGCCCACUUUCUGCUCUUUGGUGACUAUAUCGAGCUCCACACCACGUCGCCGUCGACGUGGCGCAUCAAGCGGCAUUGGAAGCGCUACUGGCGCUCCGAUCUCUGGACCACUCUCUUUGAUCGCGUCUUGAACGUCCCGUCGUGCGAUGCGCCGCCCGACCUUUUGGCGCUCGCAACGAUGCUUGAGCGGUACUACACGGAGGACGCGUCCAAGAUCAAGGAGCUCACGCAGCUGCUCCGCGCGCAAGACCGCAUGGUGCCCCGGUCGUCCCUCUGAGAAGUUCGUCGAUCAAGCGAUGGCGAGUGGAAGAAGGGAUUUUCCAUCACGACGCCAUUGGCACACAACAUGAUUUUACGUGUUUAUCCUUGAAGCAAGCCAUGAGCGACGAGUUCGGUGCGGAU